AUGUAUCCAAUUUUUUUCUCCUUGCUGUUUGUCUAUCUCGCCCUCCUUGUGUCUAACAUUGGAGUCCUGGUCGCCAUCAUCACAGAGAGAAGCUUGCACCAACCAAUGUACAUCCUCUUCUGUAACCUGUCUGUAAAUGAUCUGAUUGGCAACACUGUCUUGUUGCCUCGCCUCAUGGCUGACAUUGUUUCAACUGAGAGGUUUAUCACGUACAGCCAAUGUGUUGCUCAGGCCUUUUUCAGUCACACGUUUGGAUCAGCCUCACAUAUGAUACUGAUCAUUGGUCUCACCAUAAGGCUUUCCCGCUGCAGUUCAAUCAUUCAGAAUGCUUAUUGUGACAAUGCAUCAUUGUUCAAGCUGUCCUGUGAGAAUGUUUCAAUCAACAACAUCUAUGGACUCUUUUUCACUGUGCUGCUCUUUACUUCAUCAAUGGGAAGCAUCGCUGUCACUUAUUUCAGGAUUGCUGUGAUUUGCUGGACCAAGAAAAGCAAAGAGCUGAACAACAGAGCGUUUCAGACCUGUGCAAGCCACCUGGUACUGUAUCUCAUUAUGCUGUGGAGUGGGUUUCUAACCAUCAUACUGCAUCGCUUUCCAGACUAUCCAUAUUUGAGAAAACUGGCUUACGUUCUAUUUCAUGUCGUCCCUGCUAAUUUGAAUCCAAUUAUCUACGGCUUGCAAACAAAGUCAUUGAAGCAGAAAAUUAUACAAAUACUCAGCCGGAAAGUUACACACUCUUAAUACAGAUAUUUGUUUGGCACUUUGUAAAUAAU